ACCUCAUAAAAAAUCUAAUAUCAUUUACACCGGAACAAGCGAUAAAUGUCAAGGAUCCUGAAACCUUUAAUUCCGUCGUUCAUUGUACUGAGUUUGCUUAGAGUAUCUAAACACACGAUUUUAAUAGCACGCGACCGUCGCGGGCUCUUAUCAUCCCACAAACAAUCACCGCUUAAUUGCUCUUAAAAUUCUGUCCACAGAAAGAAGCAAUUUUUUGAAGAAGAGGCGAAAGACGAGGUUUUCGAGAAAACGGGAUACCGGUGGAACGCAGAAUCGUUAUCAGCGAUGAUAGCAUUUUUAAAAUUGGUGGAGGGCGCCUUGGCUUUUCGAAUGCGGUGUUGAUAAAGAGAUAAGGUAUCGAUAGUGCGGUUAUUAGUGUGUGAGGCAUGGAUGCGAACGACGGGAAAUUGAAGUUGAGGAUUUCCUCGACGAUGGAUGGGGAUGACGAAGUUAAUAUUCCGUUGAACCAGAUCCACACCCCCACGUCGCCCACUGUGCAGUAUUUUAGAAGCAUUUUUGAUAGGGCCGACAUCGACCACGAUGGAUUCAUCACAAUCCAGGAGCUCCAGACCAUGAUUCGCAGAAACAGCCUAACCGAAGAUCCCAUCCCGUCCCAUGUGGUCCGCAAAAUCCACCAGAUCGCCGACGCCGACCACGACGGCCGCCUAAACUACAUCGAAUUCGUAAACAUGGUCAACGACCCGAAAUUUCGCUCGAUUUUCGGCCGAUACGUGACCAAGUACGUGAAUUUCGUGGUCCCCCGAAAGAAGCUAGGAGUAUGGGACGACGAACCAGAUCUGCAAACUCUGUACGAAGACGAAUAUUCGUGUUGCCCCCCCAGACUCGGGAUGAUCAUUAUUUCGGUCAUCGAGAUAAUUUUUUUCUGUAUUGAUGAGGCCAAGGAGGCCAAUUCCACGAAGUAUGCGGCGGGGCCCAUGGCGAUGUUGUUUAUUUACGACCCGGCGAAGAGAUACGAGUUUUGGAGGUUUUUGACUUACAUGUUCGUGCAUAUAGGGCAUCUCCAUCUGGUGGUCAACUUGAUAGUACAAAUCUUCAUUGGGAUUCCGCUGGAAAUGGUCCAUGGGUGGUGGAGGGUUCUGGUGAUUUACUUCGCGGGGGUGGUGGCUGGGUCGUUGGGGACUUCUAUCACGGAUCCGACGUCUAAGUUGGCGGGGGCCAGUGGCGGCGUCUACUCUCUUAUCACGGCGCACAUUGCCACUAUAAUCAUGAACUGGUCAGAAAUGAGCUUCCCAGCAGUCCAACUCAUCAUUUUCCUUCUUAUAACCGGCGUUGACGUCGGUACUUCCAUCUAUAAUCGCUACUGGGCCAAUAUGGAGGAACAUAUAGGAUACGUUGCGCAUUUUGCCGGGGCUGUGGCGGGUCUCCUGGUCGGUAUAGUUGCUUUGAAGAACUUGAAGCUGACGAAGAAAGAGAACGUGAUGUGGUGGAUUGCCGUGGCUGUUUAUGUGAUAUUGAUGUUGGUCGGAAUCUGUUGGAACACUUUCUACACUGGUUAUUUCCCCAAACAAACUUAAAUUGUUUUUUUACGUUUUUUUUUUUAAUAAAAAUUUACAAAAUUG